CACGCUAUGCUUUUGAAGGGGUAGGCAUAAUAAACGUACUGGACGGCAGGGAAGUAAGUCCAACGUGUUAGACCACACUUUUGAUUUUCCCUUUUGAUUUUGCCUUUUCCGUGUGGCUUCCCCACCCUUUGUCCAUUUUUGAUGUGCGUGAGCGGUUGCCUUGGCGCGUUUGUUAAAAAAAGGAAAACGUGGUGAAUGAAAAAAUUGCAAGGCUAUAGCACUCGGCCGGUUUAAAUUCUGCUGAAAGGAAAAAAAAUAUAUUGCCUCUGUAUAUGCUUCCUCUGUGUGUGCUGCCUCUGUAUAUGCUGCCUCUAUGUGUUGCCGCUACUCACCCUGCCCAGUUCGCCCGAGCAAAAACACCCACUGGAAGAAGCUGCCCAUGCCCGCCUGCACACACAUACACAUACACGUGAAGGCUUGGCAACAUGUCCAAAGAUUUCAGCGAGGCGCGCUCCCAUGCGGAGCACAACUCCGAUGGAAAGUCAAAAGUGGAAGACGACUUAAUAUCAGUCGCAGGCAGCAACUGCAGCUCCACGAAAUCGAAUAAGAGGAGUCUUCAUAGCAGGAAUUCGAGUGUCCACCAGUUGUUGGCAAGAAUAGCGCAGGAAAUUGAUGAACGGAAGCCCAGCAACGUGAUACACUUUAUCGUGGACUUUUUGUGCAAACACUACCCGGAGCACUUGCACGGAUUUGAGGCCAUAUGGAAUGGAGAUCCCGAUUUGGAACAAGAACGAAUACUCGUAGUGGAGUUUUUCAAGCAGCAGAAAUUACCAGUUGAAAUAUCCGUCCAUUUUGUGAAUGCGGGGUUCGACACUGUAGAGACGUUAUGUACCUUGUCCGCCAACGCACUUGAUGACAUUGAAAAGUUUAACAACACCAGAUGGCUACCAGGACAUAAGGUCCGACUGCAGCAGACCUUUAACGACAUUACGAGCCGCGUUAGGGUUUUCAAAGAGCAAAGAGAUGACCUGAUAAAAUCUGUGAAGCACCGAUUUGUGGGCAGUGCCACUCCGCGACUGCUCAAUUCGGUUGUCCUUCCCAAAGUGGCCAGCCCUAUGAUGCUACCCGCUCACCAGCACCCACCAUUUGGUGUUCCCAGGAGAGCGGCAAAUUAUGUAGCGGUGGAUAAGGUGGUGCGCCCUCCGUAUGUCUACAAGAGGUAG